CCUUCAUACCACAAGGCUUUAAAUGGGUUGUCCCAAGAUACUGUAUACAUUGGUGGCAUAUUACUAGAACUUUAAAUGGGUUGUCUACCUUUUAUUUAAAGGGGUUUUCCCAUCUCGGACAUUGAUGACCUAUCACUAGGAUGUGCCAUCAUUGUCAGAUAGGCGCAGGUCCCACCUCUGGAAGCCUCUCCUGUCUCCAGAAUAGGAUGCACUACGGAGUGCUCUCCAUUCACUGCUAUGGGAGUUCUGAAAAUAGCUGAGCUCUGCUAUUUUCGGAACUCCCAUAGUGUUAAAUCGAGAACGCACCACACACGCACAGCCACCUCUCCUUUUACUGCUUUGGGACUGUCUAAAAUAGACGAACCGCAACUCAGCUGAUUUCGGGUCCCGUUCUGAAGAUAGGAGGGGGUCCUAGACAUGCCAGGACCCACACCUAUCUGACAUUGAUGGCAUAUCCUAGCGAUAUGCCAUCAAAACGGAAUACUCCUUUUUAGUGAUGGCGUAUCCUCAAGAUAGGGCAGCACUUGCUGAUCGUCAGGGGUCUGACACCCUGCACCCCCGCUCCUCAGCAAUAGCUCUGGCAUUAGAAGCAGACAGCACCGUCUACUUUGUAGUGGACUGUGCUCAUCACUGCAGCGCUGCUCCCAUUGACUACACUGGUACGAGAAGAGAAAUGAACAUUGCACAGUAAAUAUAUUCUGUCACAUGCACCAUUUUCUAACUUCUUAGGAAACUAUUGAUAAAUUUGCUCCAUUUAACUCCCAAAGUGUUGUAUCCUUGAUGGUCUUAGUCCACAAUGCACAGACAAUAGCUGCCACAUCCACAGAGCAUAAGAAGAAGGAUGUCGAGAAGAAGCCGCUGACAAAACCCCUGGACAACAAGAAUAAGUUUUCUCAGUCAAAGUUACUGGCGGGGGCCGUUCGGCACAAGAGUAAUUCUGAAGGCCCUGGAGCAAAGAAAUUAAAGCUUGAUCAGGAACAUGAGAAGUUAAUAGAGACCCAUUCUAGCUCUGUUGGGAGCUCCUAUACCGCCGGUUCCCGAGUCCAUUGUCCUCCAGCCUCCGUCUGUAUUGGAAUCUUACCGGGCCUAGGCGCCUAUUCAGGAAGCAGUGACUCCGAGUCCAGCUCCGACAGCGAAGCCACUAUCAACAACAUGGGAAAGAUUGUCUCCUCCGUUUUCCGCUCAGGCACUUUCCUUGAUGCACCUUAAAGCAGGAAAACAUUGGUCUCCGUAAUCCCAGCAGUGAGAUGUAGAACAUGGACACAUUCUCAGUGCACAAGCUGCGUAGUGCUCAGACAUCAUGCAUUUUUAAGUUUAAAAGAGUUGUCCCAACUUGAAAUGUUAUUUAAAUAUAAUUCAGCAUGAAAACGAAUUAUUUUAGUAAUUUACUUUCUGUUACUAAAAUGCUCUAGUUGCAAAAUAUUCCCUUUACUUCAUUAUAAUAGUGCCCCCUAGUGUUCAGUCUGUAUAAUAACGUGCACAUUCACCUAUUGAGCUGGAUGAGCAUGGUUGCACAUGUUCAGUUCCAUCCUUCGACUGCCACCAGCCAGAUCUACUGCUAGUAGUGGGGCAAUUUCAGGAAGAAAGGACACGCCCCUGAGGUGCAGCAGAAAAGAGAAUCUGGCUGAGCAAGGCAGGUGUCAGUUUUUUUUGUUUGUUUUUUCUUUCUUUCUAGCACUCUGGAGCUUUCUGCUUGGCGCUGCAUUGUUGUUUUUUGUUUUUUUUUGUUGCAGCUUUUUUUAAGAGGGGGAAAAAAAAAAAAUGCCACUUCCGGAUGUUACAUGCAUGGAAGUCUAUGGGAAAUUUAUAUAUAUUUUUUCCAUAGUUGCAUUUUUUGACAUGACAUGCGUUUUUUGGGGGUCUGUGCCGUGUUUUUUUUUUAUGUUUUCUAGCGUUUUUGUUCCAUAGUCAUGAAUUGAAUUUAAAAAAAAAAAUAAUUUUGUGUGCGUCUAUGUUUUUGCAACAGCAUAUGUUUCCCAUCCUGCAGGUUAUUUUGGGAAAAAAAAAAAAAUGCAAAAGUCAGGCAUUUUUGGAUGCACUUUUUGGCUGACCACCAAUCCCUCUGCAACGCCCCCCCCCCCCCCCCCUACCCUUUUCCCUGUCAAAAACUGUGUGGCUGCACCCCAACUGCAAACAAAGAGAUCACGGGACCCAUGUGAGGUACAGGGCUGGUUCUAGCUUUGUUAGGAAGAGAUUGUCAUGUGCUAUAUGAUGUCUGAUCUUCAUUUAACAGCUUAUUAAAUAAUUUAAAGUUGGUUAA